CUGAUGUACAAUCUGGAGUGUACUUCGUGGUGCCCUCGUUUCUCAGCUACUAUUGCAUUGGGCAAAUGAUGCAGCAACUUGUGAUUGAAAGUUUCUUAUCACAUUGAUUUUUUUGUCUGUUUAUUUUCUUGGUCACAGCAUUUGAUUUUUGGUUUUCCUUGACCACUUGUUUUCUUCUCUAAUAUCUUCCCAUUAAACAGUGGAUGUGUACCAUCAGAAGCUGCGCCAAAUGAGAAAACGAGUGUGUUUCAACCAAUUUUGCAACCCCAUGUGAGCCUUGAUGAUGUAGGUCCAACCAGACACCUACUUUGAUAUUCUUUUGUUCACACCUCCUCUUCCUCACUCUCUAUAUACAUAAAAACCAAAUGAACAACCAUCUUCCAACUCGAACUGCAGAUAGAUUAUCAUCCCAAGUAUUGCAGAUUUUUACUUCAAGAUCAACAUCGGCCACAACGACUGACAGUUGCUUGUUCUUCUUUCACUUCAAGAAGAUUUAAAAAUGGGAAUCCGUUUGCCUUCAAUUCUUCUUCCUACCAAGCAAAUUCUCAAAAUGCAGGGCGCUUCUUCAAAAGUAAAGUCCAAUAUUCCCAAAGGACAUAUUGCAGUCUAUGUGGGGGAAAUCCAAACAAGGAGAUUUGUGGUUCCAAUUUCUUAUUUGAACCAUCCUUCUUUUCUAAACCUACUAAAAAGGGCCGAGGAAGAGUUCGGAUUCAAUCAUCCAAUGGGUGGUCUGACAAUUCCCUGCAGAGAAGAGACCUUCAUUGAUCUCACUUCUAGGUUGCAGAUAUUAUGAGAGAUGGAGAAGAAAGAUCAACCAUCCACACAGUUUUGCCAACCUGUUUUUUUUUUUUUUUUUUUUUUUUUUUUUCAACUUGUCCUAGUCAUAGUAGAAUAUCAAUGUAUAGGAAGUACAUCAAAAUGACUGUAUUUAGGGUGGAAAACUGAUCUUCCCACCUGAAACGGCAAUAGCACAUAAAAACUGCAAUUGCACCGAGCAGUAAAGUGACUUUUUUUUCAAAGAGAAAACUAUGCCCCAUCAACGCAUUCAAUAUAUAUGCCAUUUUUCUCUCUGAAUUACAUCGAAGUUCUCAUAUUCUUAUGUUGAAUGCAAUUACAUGGAUGAAUCUUGAGUAGGAAUCCCAGAUUGAAACAACUGAAAAGAAUAUAUUUAACGUAAGUAAAUAAUAAUAAUAAUAAAUAAAUAAGAACUUUAAAGUGCCCCUCCCAGAAACCAAAGCUUUUUGACUUGUCAUCUUGAAGCAAUUAACUCUCUUUAUGUGUUGAAAUCGUAUCUAAUCUGUUAUCACGACCUAACCAAAUAGGAUUUUUUUAUACUGAAAUUGUGAAAAUCUAAUCUAUUAUAUGAAUUUUAAUCUCCAUUAUUACGGUGCUUUGCAGUGUUCUCAAUGUAAAAAAGAGAGAGAGAGAGAGAGAGAGAGAGAGAGAGAUCCUGAGAAACAGGCCUUGUUAUUAUUACACUUCCAUAUGUUCAAAGUUUCAGUAAAAAAAUGCAAUGCAGGUUAAUCCAUAUCGGCUGGCAUGGAAGCUGCUCAAAAUUUAAUUACAUUGAAAAAGAAAUAUAAGAAUAACCAGAAACAAUCAUUUUAAGAUAAAAUUUACUGAUGCUUAUACAAUGUAUUUGUCUACUUCGAUGCUGGUGAUUUGAAGAACUAUGAAACUGAAGUUCUACCGAAGACGAUAAACAGAUUAAUAG